AUGGUCACCACGACAAACUCAUUUUUGUCGAUUCUGGCAGCCACUGCGGUUGUGGUUGUAGUUGUCGGGCAGAGCAACGAGGUUACGGUACCUGCCGUGAGAGUCGUGCGGCUUCAGGUCGAUUAUCGGAAUGCUUCGAUUCAGGACUUGCAAAAGAUUCACAAGUGAGUAGAUUUAGUCACGAAGUGUGUAAAAAACGACUGUUUCAGAUGGAAUGCAAUUAUGAGAAACAGUGUGCUUGCAUCGCUCAAAUUCAUCAACAAGCACUGGCUCAUUUGCGGAGGAUCCCCGUCGGACACGUAAGUUUGAGAAGUCGAGACAAAAGAACACACAAAAAGCCUUCAGAAGUUCAUCUUCAAACGCGGAUUGCGGAAAAGCGCAAGUUACCGGAGAGAUCGUGAGCUCGAACCACUACAGAAUCAAUGUCACGUUGAUUGCUGAAAGGUGCAAAGAUCUGGAAGUUGUUCUAAUGAACAGUGUCAUUGUAGAGAUCCAGUGAAGAACGCGAAAGUUGAAGCCACGUCGACAGUGUACGCAGUUGCUCACAUUGGACUGAAAGGAGGCAUCUUUCAGUACACAAAUGCUCUGAAGGUAUCCGCAUAGAAAACUUGGACCUAUUCCCUCAGCUGAUCCUCACAGAUUCUUGGAAAGCCGGAGCCGAAGCUCUCAUUCGACGAGGCGUUCUUCUGCUAUCGCGGCGCGACACUCGUCGACACUGACAAAUGCCGUAAGGAUCGUCGUCUGAGGGACUCUCCACUCUUGGACUCGGUCGACACGCCCAUCCCGUUGGCCAACUUACUCGCACUCUAAUCAACAGUCAACAGUCAGAUCUUAACUUAUUCCCCUCCUCCCGAGCUGAAUAACCCCGACUAUUUCCUGCAUGUUCAUGUAUAAACGCGUAAUAAACACAUUGUUGGAAAUGGGUAAUAUGCACUCGGGAUUCGUCAACUUUGUGUGUGUUUAGCUGAGAAAGGAAUCAGUCUAUACUUCUGAAAAUUGUUUUGGGAAGUCUACAUACCUAGAACUCUCUUUUUGCAGUUUUUGUGUAACCAGUCUUCGGACUUGGACUUUUUCUGGAACUAUACGACUUUUCCUGACUCAGCUGAACACCCUCAAAGUUGAUGGCUCCAUUCGCAACCUCCGUUCAGGUCUGUGUUUCCCUGGCACCUUCUACGACGAGUUCGACGAGAAGUGCCUUGUCUGUCCACGUGGCGAAUAUCAGGAUGAGCACGGGCGGACCAGUUGUAAGACGUGUCCGGACGCCACGACUACAGUGGGCACCGGCACGCCGAAGAAGGACCAGUGCAUACGUGGGCGUCUGAGCGCUUCUCCACAUUUCCAUCUGUUCUGUUUCAGACGUGUGUCCACCCGGAUACUUUUAUGACGUGGCGUCGAAAAUGUGCGAGACGUGUGGACUGCGUGGAUACCAGCCGAAUAGCGGCCAAGAUCGGUGCAUCGGGUGUCCGGAGGGGACCGUGCCGAUCUUUCAGAAUUCAACCUCGAUCGCUCAUUGUCUAGGUGGCUCAAAAUUGGCUGGCUCUCACUGAUUUAACGUUUUGCAGAUAAAUGCCGCGCUGGAAUGCAACGAUCUUCGGAUGGUUCAACGUGUGAGCCGUGUCCGAUCGGCUCGUUCAAAAGCGCCGACGACAUGGUGUGCAUGAUGUGUCCCACCGGAAGAACCACACUUUCAAAGGCUUCCAAAAGUUUGGCCGCAUGUCAUAUUAGUGAGUUCUACAGAUGAAGGAGCGGACGAGCUUGAGACUUUUCAGAAAUCUGCUUCCCUGGCACCAUUCUCGAUCACAGCUCGUUCAAGUGUGAGCCGUGCGACUUUGGCACCUACAUGGACGAGUACGACGGACGGAUUUGCAAGCCGUGCCCAGUUUCCACGACGACCUACCAGCAGGGGGCCAACAGUGCGAAGAUGUGCGAGUGGACGAAUCAGUGCAAAGCGUCAACGCACAACUGCCACUGGCUGGCCGCCUGCAUCGAUCUGCCCGACGAGAACCACAAGAAGAUGUACUCGUGCAAGUGCAAACCCGGAUUCGUCGGCAACGGAUUUCAUUGCGUCGACGCGUGCGAAGGAUUCUGUCUGAACGGUGGAUCGUGUCUGAAGACGGGCAGAGGAGAGACGAAGUGCAUUUGUGCGAGCGGAUUUGUGGGAAGGAGGUGUCAGAUGGCAGAGUGA